UUAAUUUCUGCGACACAAGUUUCCGUCGGUGGUUUUGUGCACGUUCGAUACCCUUGUACCGCUGUGUCCGUGGAGGUUUUUGAGUCCUAAUAUUAGACCGUACAUUCAUUUUAAGUGAGCAGAUAUCAGUUAAAAGUUUUUUUCUUGAAGGAGGAGAGAGCACAAAGCCGCCAAGAUGCCGCGAAUUAUGAUAAAGGGAGGCGUCUGGCGCAACACGGAGGAUGAGAUCCUCAAGGCGGCUGUGAUGAAAUAUGGGAAAAACCAGUGGUCACGUAUUGCUUCCCUUUUACACCGCAAGUCUGCCAAACAGUGUAAAGCAAGAUGGUACGAGUGGUUGGACCCCAGCAUCAAGAAAACCGAAUGGUCCAGAGAGGAGGAAGAGAAGCUGCUUCACUUGGCCAAGCUGAUGCCCACUCAGUGGAGGACCAUCGCUCCUAUCAUAGGACGCACUGCUGCUCAGUGUUUGGAGCACUAUGAAUACCUGCUAGACAAAGCUGCACAAAGAGACAAUGAGGAGGAAGUGGGAGAUGACCCCAGGAAAUUAAAACCAGGAGAAAUCGACCCUAAUCCAGAAACAAAACCUGCCAGACCAGACCCUGUGGACAUGGAUGAAGAUGAAUUGGAGAUGCUUUCAGAAGCCAGAGCUCGUCUGGCUAAUACCCAGGGAAAGAAAGCAAAGAGAAAGGCAAGAGAGAAACAGCUGGAAGAAGCCAGACGUUUGGCUGCUCUGCAGAAACGCAGGGAGUUGAGAGCUGCAGGAAUUGAUGUCCAAAAGAAGAGGAAGAAGAAGAGAGGAGUGGACUACAAUGCUGAGAUCCCCUUUGAAAAGAAACCUGCACCGGGUUUCUAUGACACCAGCAUGGAGAAUUACGAUGCUCUGGAGCCAAAUUUCAAACGACUGAGACAACAGCAUCUGGAUGGAGAACUGCGCAAUGAACGUGAAGAACGGGAUAGGAAGAAAGACAAGCAGAAGAUCAAGAAGAAGAAAGAAAGUGAUCUGCCAUCUGCCAUUUUACAAACCAGUGGAGUGGCUGAGUUUACCAAGAAAAGGUCCAAACUGGUUUUACCUGCACCACAGAUUAGUGAUGCUGAGCUGGAAGAAGUUGUCAAACUGGGUGUUGCCAGUGAGGUCGCACGUCAGGCGGCUGAGGAGAGUGAAAGUGGGAACUCUGCCUCCUCCACUCUCCUAUCAGAAUAUAGCGUCACCAACACCAUGGCAACAGGCCUACGUACUCCACGAACCCCAGCUGCCCAGGACAGGAUACUCCAGGAAGCCCAGAACCUGAUGGCUCUGACCAACAUUGACACACCUCUGAAGGGAGGCCUCAAUACUCCACUGCAUGAGAGUGAUUUCAGUGGAGUGACUCCUCAGCGACAACAGAUACAAACUCCCAACACUGUACUCAGUACACCUUUCAGAACUCCUGGACAAGGUCAGGGUACAGAUGGAAUGACGCCUCAAGCCGGUGGUGGGAUGACCCCCCGUGGGGCCAUAACACCAGUCCUGACCCCAGGUCGCACACCGCUCAGAGACAAACUAAAUAUUAACAGUGAGGAGCAGCUGAGUGAUCCUGCAUACGCUAAACACCUGCAAAGGGAGAGCUUGCAACAGCUGAGACAGGGCCUGAUGUCACUUCCUGUCCCAAAGAACGACUUUGAGAUUGUUCUUCCUGAAAACGCUGAGAAAGAACUUGAAGAGACGGAGACAGAGACUGGGUUUAUUGAGGACUCAGCCGACAUACAAGCACGCAAGCAGGCUCAGCGAGAGGCAGAACGAGAAAAGGAGCUGAAGCUGCGACACACUUCUGUUCAGAGGAGUCUGCCCAGACCUACAGAGGUUAAUGAGUCGGUCCUGCGGCCCGCCUCCAUGGAGCCGCUGUCUGACCUGCAGCUGGCCGAGGAACUCAUCAAACAGGAAAUGAUUACCAUGCUGCACCACGACUGCCUGCACCACCCGUCAUCUAACGCAGCCAGCCAAUUACAGCGCGGGAAAACCAGGGGCCCUGCUUCCACCUCUAAUAACGCCUCUCAUAUAGCAUACCUAGAAACACACCCCUACAAGCCAGUCGGUCCUGAAGAUAUGGAACAGGCCAAGGCCAUCCUGGCAGCAGAAAUGGAGGUGGUGAAGGCAGGAAUGGGCCACGGUGAGCUCAGCAUGGAGGCCUACAGUCAGGUGUGGGAGGAGUGUUAUGGCCAGGUGUUAUAUCUCCCUGCUCAGAAUCGGUACACUAGAGCUAACCUGGCAUCAAAGAAAGACAGAAUUGAAAGCUUGGAGAAAAAACUAGAGGUGAACCGUGGGCACAUGACAGCAGAGGCUCGACGAGCAGCUAAGCUGGAGAAGAAACUCAAAAUCCUGCUGGGAGGUUUUCAGUCCAGAGCGCUGGGGCUCCUGAAACAGCACAAUGAACUCUGGGAACAGGUGGAGCAGGCGGCUACAGAGCUCCAGACCUUCAAUCAACUGAAGAAACAAGAGGACACUGCCAUUCCCCGAAGACUAGAGGCUCUGAGGGAAGACGUGGAGAGGCAGAUGGAGCGAGAGAGGGAGCUGCAGCAGAGAUAUGGAGAGCUACUGAUGGACAGGGAGGCACUGAUCAACAGCGCCCAGAAAUACUGAGCAGUACAGUCAGUCGUACAUUCACACCCGCUCUGACAUGGCUUCGUGAGGUGGGAGGAGACUCGGACCCAUUCCAGUUCAGCGUUUUAUUUUAAUCACUUCCUUACCUUAGGAAUGAACACACGCUAGACUCUGACUUGUGAGUUUAUGGUGAAUACCUUACCUUUCAGUGAGGUGUGAUGGUUAAAAUAUUGCUGACUCAAACACAAGUGCUUCUAGUGCAUAAAAAGUGGGGAAUUUCCCCUUAAAAGUUGAGACUAGAUACGAGUAUAGACACAUGGUAUUCAGAGCAGUUGAACCAGUAAGAGUGAAGGUGACAAACUGUUCAAAAGAGGAAGACUUGGUUGCAGAGGACAAAAUGGAAGAAAGGCAAACAGAAUUAUCCUCCAAACUCAGAAUGAGUUUAUACAGAUCUUUGAGCUGGAAACUCAUCAUAGACACUGAUGAAAGCCCAGACAUUUUCCUCCUGUUUACCAAUUAACUUAAAUACCACAAAUAGAACCACUAGGGGUAAAUGUGAAGAGGUUACUUCACAAGUAGGUCUGUGCUUUCAAGCAUUUUAGAGUUGACUCAUGGUAUCGUUUGUAAAAGAUUCAACAGAAGUUGAUUUCCUGAAAUAGAUCUUGUCUUAGUAAAUAAUUCAUUCUGUGAUUCGGCCUCUUGGUCCAUUCUUAAUCACAAACAGCGCUUUACACACAAUCACACACUUUAAAAUCAACUAGCAGAGAUAACCAACUGUGCUUCCUUGCUGAGACUUAAGUUUUUGUUCUUUCCUUACUUAGAAUUGCUCUAAAAAGGUUUUGGACAAUAAACUCAAAGAUCCCCCCGUGUUUGAUCUGAAACAAAACUCAGAACAUUUCAAGUGGCACAAUUUAGCGUCUCAGUCUUAACAAGUUAAUGCAGUUGUUACGUUUUUUUCAGGGAAGGAUUUAAGCUGUAAAGUGCUUAUUAUAUGUAACCCAACAUUGUAUACAUGGAAAACAUCUGAUCUUUGCUUUCAUUACCAGGACCAUGCGAUGUAGCUCCUCCCACUUCAUAGCUCCGUUGGUAUCAGAUGUCCUCAGCCCUCUUAAGUUUCAUGAAAUGUGUCUGUUAUGCUUCAGUAUUGGCAGCGGUUUAACAGAAACUGUACGUUCAUCUCCAUGUGCUCUUAUUGCAGUGACACACCAAGUUUCGAGCAUGCUCUGUAAUCCCUUGUGUUUCUAUAUUUGUGUCCAAUAAAGUUUCUUUUGAAAAUU